AUGGCAACCGUAUUCGUACCUCCCUCGCCACGAAACUCCCUGACCAUGGCGACUCGCCGGCCACUUGCAAACGUGCCGAAUGCAACCAACUCCCCACACCGGACUGGCGUACUGCCAGCUAAACGAGCUCGAUCAACCCAAAUAGAGAUGCCGUACGGGCAACCACCGCCGAAGAAACAAUCCAUGGAAAAGAUUGGAAACGAAAGUCGUCCUGUCACCUGUCAGACGACGAACACGGACUCGAAACUCUUUGCACGACGUUCGAACAACACCAAUCCAAGCGCAUUUGAGAGGAAGCUUGUUGCAGCCAGGGAAAAAGAACGCCAGCCGUCAGUCAAGCACGUCAAGACUGAAAAGGCCCCAGCAGAUACUAUGGAUUCAAUUCGACAGUGGCAACGGCACUAUCGCAAGGCAUUCCCUCAAUUUGUCUUCUACUUUGAUAGCAUUCCUGAAGAUCUUCGACGGCGAUGCUCUCGCCAGGUCAAUGCUCUUGGGGCUCGCGAGGAGAAAUUUUUCUCUCGUCUGGUUACUCACGUCGUCACUUCGCGUCCUAUCCCCCCGGAAGCCACCACUCCGGCAGAACCAGAAGCAACAGCUGACAACACGCACGGGGAUGGAAACGUUCAAACCGUGAAUCCCUCACUCCUUGAGCGGAAUGGCGAGCCUCAUUUGCAUGUCUCAUUAAAAACCGAGGCGCGUCGUGAUCAGGGAAAUAUGGACAUUCUGCAAAGGGCUCGCCAAAUGGGCAUGAAGAUCUGGGCGCUGGAAAAGCUUCAGCGGAUGAUCGCUACUAUCAAUGAUAGCGAUAUAGGGGCUCAGUAUGAAGCUGCUCGUGCCAAAGCCGCCGGUGGUAUUGCUGCCAACGGCAAGGGAGAGAACGACCUAUCGCGGGUGCUUCGCCAGGAGCUUCUCAAUGGACCAUCUGAUCGUGAUCCAUUGGCAUCGAUGGAAAUGUUGAUGUUCAAAGGACCGUUCAUCUACAUUCACGACAUGAAUGAGAAAAGCAAACCAACUAUGGUGCGAGAAUAUUCCCGAGUCGCCAAACGCCAGGAUGGGUCUUGGCCACAGUUCAGAAGCGCUCCUCUAGGAAAGUGCCCAUUCAUCGAUGAGCCACCGAGUAGGAAAGAAUAUGAUCGACACAGAUCGCGUCACCACAAAGAGAAGAAGGCUUCCUCUCGUAAGGCUGAUGGAAAGCAUGAUACCAAGCCAAAGGCCACUGUACCCACCCAAGAAACCACCGAAGCUGAUACCACAGCUGAGACUGCUCCCUCCAAGCCAUCGAUCAGAGAGGAAGAGCGUGUUUCGCCUCCAACUCAGGUCGAGUGCGGAAAGCCAUCCUGUGAUGAAACGAAUCAUGAACGGAAAAGUUCUGAAAGCUUCAUUCCUCCUCACUUCCCUCGUACUGGGCCUUUUUACACUGGCAAUGAGCCUGCGGCCUCGGGCGUUCAGCCGUCCAACAUGACAUCCGCAAUUCGGUCACAGAUGAUCUCAUCUACUGCUGCAGCACCUGGUGCAAAAGCUGGGCUCAGCAAGGAGGUUCACGGCCUACAGCGGAAGGUUCUUGAGAAGGGGACCGGUGGGUUUACCGUAGGGUCGAUGGCUGCUCCUCAACGUCGUGAUGGAUCUACAACCGUGGCCAUGAAGAACAAUCUGAACCCCCUGGAAAAUCCAACACCCGACACAAAGAAGAUCAAACAAAGCAGUCUGAAGGAGCUGGCUCGAAGCGUCAAAGGGAUGAAAAAGAACAGCAAAAGAAACCCGAACGGCGCAGAGAUCCCAAACCUGGAUAUUCAUACUUUGACUCGGAAACAUCGCCGGUUCGCAGCUAACUCGACAAACUGGGCCGAACUUGAUGCGCUGCUCUUUGAAAUUCAACGUCCCUUGAAGGACGAAUACGAUUAUGAUGACUAG